AUGGACAAUGUGUCCAUCUGGAAACAUCCUGGUUUUUGGUCAGAAAGAAGUAAACAGUUUGCAUUUUGCAAUGAUGGGAUACAUUUGAACAUCAAUACAAGUUACCCUAAAUAUUACAAUAGUAUUCCAGCUGCAGUUGUUUCAGCUCCAAGAAGGGUGGAGAAGGAGGAAAAUGAGUGGCAAGAAGAUCUGCCUGCGACUGAUUCUAUAUCGACUUCUAUUGCAGCAAUGGUAGACCCAGGAAUAAAACACAAAAUUUGGCAAGAUAAAUAUAUUGAUCUUUCGGUAUUGUUACCACAAAAUUGUUUACCGAAUGCUAAGAAAAAUGGCUUACAAUUUCAAGUAUCUAGAAAUUCAACACUGUCACUGGGUUCCAACAAGCCCAGGUUUUAUAUUUCAUCAAUUGAACAAUGGACAACAGCUUUUUUAAGAUUUAUGGCAAUUUAUAGUGAAAAGUGCCCAGAGUCCACUGCUUACUUGGCUAAACAUGCUGAAAUUGUUAGGGAUUUGGCUUCCACGCAGUCAAGUAACAAUUCUUGGCUGACAUAUGAUCAACAAGUCCGCAUGGACAGACAAAUAAGAGGGGUUCCAUGGCAUAGUUUAAAUAUGGAAUUCUAUAUUAUGGCACCAAGACCCCAACAGGGGAGUCAACAGGGAAAUCGUCCUUUUCGUCCAUUUCGAAACCGUCAGUGGAAUUCCUCCAAUAGACAAGAAGAGUCUUAUAAUGUAAAGAAAAAAGCGACGGGUAUAGAUACCAAAUGA